GGCUCCUCCCACCCAAGAUGGCGGACGGUCUCCCCGAGCAUGAGCGGAUCCUGCAGGAGAUCGAGAGCACGGACACUGCCUGCGUGGGGCCCACGCUGCGGUCUGUUUAUGAUGACCAGCCAAAUGCACACCAAAGGUUUAUGGAAAAACUGGAUGCCUGUAUACGUAAUCAUGACAGGGAGAUUGAAAAGAUGUGCAAUUUUCACCAUCAAGGAUUUGUGGAUGCUAUUACAGAACUACUUAAAGUAAGGGCUGAUGCAGAAAAAUUAAAGGUUCAAGUUACUGAUACCAACCGAAGGCUUCAAGAUGCUGGGAAAGAGGUGAUAGCCCAGACUGAGGAAAUCAUCCGAUGCAGGGUUCAGCAGCAGAAUAUUACUACAGUAGUGGAAAAACUGCAGUUAUGUCUUCCAGUACUGGAAAUGUACAGCAAACUUAAAGAACAGAUGAAAGUAAAAAGGUAUUAUUCUGCUUUAAAAACAAUGGAACAGCUAGAAAAUAUAUACCUUCCUAGAGUUAGUCAAUAUCGCUUUUGCCAGAUAAUGAUAGAUAACCUCCCAAAACUGCGUGAGGAAAUUAAAGAAAUUUCCAUGUCUGAUCUUAAGGACUUUUUGGAGAGCAUUCGAAAGCAUUCUGACAAAAUUGGAGAAACUGCAAUGAAGCAGGCACAGCAGCAGAAAACCUUUAAUACUGCUCUUCAGAAACAGAAUAAUGUUGGCUAUGGGAGGAAUAUGCACACAAUGAAUGUUAGAGUUCCAGAAUCCAAGAGUGAAAUUCCAUCUAAGCGAACCUUUGAGGAAGAUGAUGAACAUGAAGAAGAGGUUUUAACGGCUCAUGAUCUUGUAGAUUUUUCUCCUGUUUAUAGAUGUUUGCACAUCUAUUCAGUUUUGGGUGAUGGAGAGACUUUUGAAAACUACUACAGAAAACAAAGACGGAAACAAGCCAGAUUGGUGCUGCAGCCACAAUCGAGCAUGCAUGAAACAGUUGAAGGUUACAGAAGAUAUUUCAGUCAAAUUGUAGGUUUCUUCGUAGUGGAAGAUCACAUUUUACAUGUGACCCAGGGACUGGUAACUAGAGCAUACACUGAUGAACUGUGGAACAUGGCACUUUCAAAGAUCAUUGCUGUCCUUAGAACCCAUUCAUCAUAUUGCACUGAUCCUGAUCUUGUUUUGGAGCUGAAAAAUCUGAUUGUGGUAUUUGCUGAUACUUUGCAGGGUUAUGGUUUUCCUGUGAAUCGACUAUUUGAUCUUUUAUUUGAAAUCAGAGAUCAGUACAAUGAAACAUUGCUUAAAAAAUGGGCUGGGUUAUUCAGAGAUAUUUUUGAAGCAGAUAACUACAGCCCUAUUCCUGUAGCAAAUGAAGAGGAAUACAAAAUAGUGAUUAGCAAAUUUCCUUUUCAAGAUCCAGAAAUUGAUAAGCAGUCCUUCCCAAAGAAGCUUCCAAUGUCUCAGUCAGUGCCUCAGAUUUAUAUCCAGGUUAAAGAGUUUAUAUAUGCAAGCCUUAAAUUUUCAGAGUCACUUCACCGCAGUUCCACAGAAAUAGAUGAUAUGCUUAGAAAAUCUACCAAUUUGCUGCUAACCAGAACUUUGAGUAGUUGCUUACAGAACCUGAUCAAAAAGCCUCACAUAGGUUUAACAGAGCUUGUUCAAAUCAUCAUAAAUACAACACACUUGGAACAAGCCUGCAAAUACCUUGAAGACUUUAUAACUAAUAUUACAAAUAUUUCUCAAGAGACUGUUCAUACUGCAAGACUUUAUGGACUUUCUACUUUUAAGGAUGCAAGACAUGCUGCAGAAGGGGAGAUAUACACCAAACUUAACCAAAAAAUUGAUGAAUUUAUUCAGCUUGCUGAUUAUGACUGGACCAUGUCUGAGCCAGAUGGAAGAGCGAGUGGAUACUUAAUGGACCUUAUUAAUUUCUUAAGAAGCACAUUUCAAGUUUUUACUCACUUGCCUAAUAGCAACAAUGACCAUGCAGCUAUGUCGGGAAAAGUGGCCCAGACAGCUUGCAUGUCAGCCUGCCAACAUCUUUCAACAUCCCUGAUGCAAAUGCUACUGGACAGUGAGUUAAAACAGAUAAGCAUGGGAGCCAUUCAGCAGUUUAACUUAGAUGUCAUACAGUGUGAAUUGUUCGCUAGCUCUGAGCCUGUGCCAGGAUUCCAGGGAGACACCCUGCAGUUAGCUUUCAUCGACCUCAGACAACUCCUGGACCUUUUCAUGGUGUGGGACUGGUCUACCUACCUGGCUGACUACGGGCAGCCGACUUCGAAGUACCUGCGAGUGAAUCCAAGCACAGCCCUCACGCUGCUGGAGAAAGUUCACCGAGGAAUGAAGGACACCAGCAAAAAGAACAACAUUUUUGCUCAGUUCCGCAAGAACGAUCGGGACAAGCAGAAGCUCAUCGAGACCGUAGUCAAGCAGCUUCGCAGUCUGGUGAAUGGCAUGUCGCAGCACGCGUAGGCCGCCCGCGCGGCCCGGGCUCACGCCGGGAUGUCUCCUCGGCUGAACCGAGCAAACCCGCGGCAGAGGCGGCCAGCAGCCAGCCCGCCUUUGGACGUGUUUUUAACGAAUGCUAACUAUUUUAUAUGUUGUAAAACGGGGCAAAUGGGGCUGCGGCAUUAAAAAAAAUCAACCCGAUUGUACAUGACGGGGCUGAACUGUGUAAAUACUUUAUUUAAGAGCCUGUGCACUCUGUGUGGGGCUUUGGCUCCGGAUAGAAACGACUUGAGAGAGGUUUCGCUCUGACCCUUCAAUUGCAUUUUUCUGAAUAAAUUCCGAUUAAAUCCUAAUCUGAUAUUUUUAAACGUUGAAACUUU